AUGGUGCAAGUCUUGGAAACAGAAAUAUGGGAUGAGGCAAACCAAACAUGGAAGGCUAGGGGCGAGCGUUGGACGACUGCAGAGGGCCAAGUAUCAGCCCCUCCCUCAGAUGUGAAGGCGCCUGAAGGAUUUGAAUUCGAGGGAGAAUGGAAGAUUGUAGUUAGUUCUGGUGAUUCAAUGGGAUGGGAAUACGAAUUUCAAUAUCUGCGCCCUCCGAAGCGAAAACGAACAUGGCUGAGAAGUCUCAAACAAAGUGAGAAAUCAUCAAAGAAAUCCGUUUCGAAAGCCGUCGAUCGAUGCAAGACCAUGAAGAGAUCAGAUAAAUCUGUUUCAGAAGCCAUUGAUCGAACCACGGCCAUUGAUGGAGCUAAGGGGAGUAUUGAUGGAGCUAAGGGAAAUUUUGCUAGAGGUCUUUCGUUGAUAAGGGAUGAUUUCAACUUCAAAGGAUUUGGACUAUCCAUUUUUAAAUCGCUUAUUUUCCCCGAGAGUCUAGGACUGUCAUUGCGGCUGCCUCUUUCCAACAAUUUUGAUACUUGGGAUCGUCACCCUGAGCUCCCGACCAUUUCCACAAGCGUUUCUCUGAUGUUUCCUUGGACCAUAGCCGUGUUUUGUAACAGCAGCGUGCGAGUGGAAUGGCUCAAGUGGGCUGUGAAACGCACGCUGCAGUUCAUUCCACGGCUUAUCAUACACUGUGUCUAUGAGGUUUUUCUUCCUUCUUUGUGGGCGAUAGCAGCGGCGAUGUUGUCUCUGACAAGUGCUCGUCUUCCUCCUAUUCCGAAAGCCCCAACAAUAUUGAUUGCGAAACCACGAUACAAUCCUGAAAUCUCUGAAAGGGUCGGUUGUUCAUUGAGCUAUAGGUGGUCAAGGGAUCGUGGGUUUCAAUGGAGAGUAGGCUAUUGGCAUUCAUAUCUGCCCACUCUGGUGGCAUGUCGAAAAUUGUUGCAGAUGAAAAGUCCUGCAGAUUGGUGGCAAAAGCACUUUGGUUCCGUCGGUCUCAGUACGAGCUACCCAAUCCCAGUGUCUCCCGGGUUUUCCUGCUCUGCCCAGCUUUCAUUAAGUGGUUUAUAUUUUGAAAGGAAGAAGGAAGUGCGUCCUUCACAGUCGUCAAGAACAGUCCACAACGCUAUUGCAAAAAACACAACGGACUACUGUCUUUUCAUCUACAUGAGAAAUGAAAAUCUGAUUACAAAAUCAAAAGAGGUCACAAAGUUAGAACCACUUGAAGAUUUGAAUUAUUCAUUUCAACCUUUGUCCCACUCACAUGGCGAGUACAUUAUUUGGAAUGGCGAGGCAGGUCUUCAAUAA